AUGCAGGCCGGCGGGGCAGCGUUCGUGCAGCUCGCGGCGCGGCGCGCACCCCGCCUGCACGUGUAUGCGGGGCUCUGGGGUCGCGUCCUGCCCUCCUUGUUGCCACGGGCCGCCCACCGUCUUCUCCCGGAACUCUGCUCGCUCCUGGCUGCGGGCCGCGGGCGGCUCGUGGACGUGAGAUCUCGGGGGGAAGCGGUCGCCGGGACCAUCCCCGGGGCCCUCAGCAUCCCGGCGUUUGAGUUGGAAAGCGCCCUGCAGGCGGCGCCCGCUGCUUCUCCGGGCUCUGCGCUCGCCCCGAAGCCGAGGCUGGAAGACAGACAGUCUGUUUUCUUCUGUCAGAUGGGCGGGCAGGGCUUGCGGGCCACCCAGUUAGCCCAGGGCCGGCCCGUGGAUGCAGAGGGCAUGGGGAAGGUGGCUGCUGGCUAGGCAGCAAAUGGGGACCCCUCCCGGCCUGCCCUGCCCUGCCCUGCCUCCACUGGGCUGGCAACUAGGCAGGGACCUAUAGAGAAUGGUUCCAGAAGGGAGGUUAGGUAGAAGGUGGCUUCCUGACUGUGAGCCCAUCCCCCAGAGCCAUCUAAGUAAAGGUGAGGAAGAGGCUGACUUGUUGGGUGGGGCAACACCUGUACACACAAAAGCAUCAAAUAAAGAGCAUUUAAUCUAAGCCCUGGAUGCUAGCACCCCAUUUGUCAGGUGAGUUGAAAACAGUUCUGAUCUUAAUCUAGGCCUCACUUCAACCUCGGGUCCUUCUCCUUCCAGCUUCAUCUACUCCC